AGAAAAAUGUGUUUAAUUCAAAAGAUAAAUAUGGCUUUUCCUCGCUGAAAAUCUCGAUUCAAAGAUCAAUAUUUCCAAAUUAUAUUUUUCGCAUUUGGUAGCGCGGCAAACCCUCGCAAACUUCCUUUUUAACUCGCUGCUCGUUGGCUUUGGAUUCGUUCCAUACGAGGGCCAAUAAUUAGUAAACCAUGCCGCCCAAGUUCGAUCCGAACGAGAUCAAGAUUGUGAAGCUGAGGGCUGUGGGCGGAGAGGUCGGUGCCACCUCCUCGCUCGCUCCCAAGGUGGGCCCCCUGGGUCUCUCGCCCAAGAAGAUUGGUGACGACAUCGCCAAGGCGACUGCCGACUGGAAGGGUCUGAAGAUCACCGUGCAGCUGACCAUCCAGAACCGUCAGGCCAAGGUGUCGGUGGUGCCCUCUGCGGCCGCCCUGGUCAUCAAGGCUCUCAAGGAGCCCCCCAGGGACAGGAAGAAGGUCAAACACGUGAAGCACAACGGCAACAUCACGAUGGACGACGUGUUCGAGGCGGCGCGCGUGAUGCGCGAGCGCUCGAUGGCGGUCAACUUUUCGGGCACGGUGAAGGAGAUCCUGGGCACGGCCACCUCCAUCGGCUGCACGGUGGACGGCGAGGCGCCGCAGAGCCUCAUCGAGAAGAUCAACGACGGCGAGCUGGAGGUCCCCAGCGAGUAGUAGGCCAGCCAGGUGAGCCGCCGGUAGGGGUUGGCAUCCCAUCCAUCCGCCGCGUGGCGGACCAGCCGGCACGCCCACUUUUGGUAGCUGAUAUACUCUGUCCGAUAUCAGAGACAGCGCUGUCAUAACAGUUUACCGUGUGAUUUAAGUUUUAUCUGCAAGUUAUCUGUACCAAGUUUUAUUAACUAUCUUGUACACGAUAAUCUUUAAUGAUAGUACAUUCUUCAUUUUUGUACAUUUGCCUUAUAUGAAUCGAAUGCAUUGUAACGUAUCCGUUGUCCAAUCCCUCUGAGUGUUUUUGAUAUACUGCAUUACUUAAAAAGUAAAAGCUAACAUAAAGGUAAAAGUUGGCAGAUAAAAAAUAUGAAGACCAAAAGUGGGCUGCCUUGCCACCGAGGACUGGAACACCUCGAUAAAAAAGCUCCAAAUUUCCUGGCUCGUGUGCCAGUGAACACUUCACGAUACUAACUGUAAUGCUCUUGCUGUUUCAGAAAAUAUACCAUCUUCAUCGCA